AUGCCGCCCCCGGGCCGGGCUCCGCCGCUCGGGCUCCUGCUGGCGCUGACUGCGCUCCGGUGCCCAGGGACUCAGAGCCGUGGGGCCGUGGACAGCCUGCAGAGGUUCUCCUCACUGCCCGCCUACCUGCCCACAAGCCUGCGUAUCUCCCACGCGGACGAGGCCUUCUUCCUCAAGGAAGCCAACCAGGACAUCACGAGGAACGCCAGCCUGCAGGCUCGGGCAGAGCCACUGUUCAUCUACCGCGCCAGGAGUCCGCCUCUGCUCAACGCCAGCUACGGCCCAUUUUGGGCUGCCAGGCCGAUCCCGCAGGAGCUCCUGGUGCCCCCCACACCCUUCGGGAGUGCAGAGAACUUCCCCUUCAACUGGAAGCUGCGGUCCCACAUCCUCGACAGCUCCAUCUACUCCAACAGGCCCAAGGUGCAGACGCUGUUCUACGUGGCGGGCAUGGGCUGGGGCGAGGACGACCCUGAUGACCACCUGCCCUGCGUCAAGAUGUUUGCCUUCCCCGAGACCAGGGAGGUGGCGGCCAGCUGCCGGCUGCAGGGGGCCCCGGGGCUGUGUGUGGCUGAGCUGGAGCUGCUGCCUGAGUGGUUCAGCUCGGGCCUGGACCUGGAGCCCGAGGAGGAGAUCCCGGCCCUGCUGGGCGGCACGGCCAUGGAGCUCUUCUUCACGCUGUAUGCGGCUGACGGGGCUGGCCGGUGCCCGCUGGAGGAGGAGGACCAGUGGGAGAACAGGAUCCACGCGGGCCCCGAGGGUGCCCCGCAGGCGCAGCCCGCCCGCGAGAGGGUCGGGAGCGUGGUGGUCUACCCCACCCAGGACGACCUCAAGUGGUCCCUGCUGAGCCUUGAUGACAACCUGGCGCUCUCGGUCCCGCUGAACCUGGUCCGCGAAGGGGACACGGCCACCUUCUCAGUCUCCCUGACCAGUGGCUCGGCGGCAGACCAGUUCACCCUGAGGAUCAAGGCGGCUGCAGGCGUGCGGAUAACUGCAGUGAGGGUCAGCGAGGAGGACCAGUGGACCGUCCAGGAGGAGAUCGAGCAGGACGGCGCGCAGACCACGGCCAGCCUAGCGUGUGUGGGCCGUCCCCCGGACGUGCAGAGCAGAGUAAAUGGAUCCUUCUAUGAGAUCUUGCAAGUGGAUUUCGGAAUCGACAACAGCAGUGGCCUGGCUGGGGCCCAGCAAAUUACCUGGCAGGUGGAGUACCCAGUUGAGGACACCAUGAGUGCGCUGGUCGUCUCUGAGAUCUUCGUCAGCCAGACAACCUUUGUGGGCAUCGUGCCUCUUGCCAUGGACACAGAACUUCUGAACACCGCCAUCCUCACCGGCAAGCCUGUGUCAGUUCCCGUGAGAGUCGUGGGCGUCCAAGAGGACGGCUCCGUGGUGCACGUGUUGGAGUCCGUGGAGUGCAGGUCUGCGGAUGAAGACGUCAUCAAGGUUUCCGACAACUGUGAUUCCAUUUUCGUGAACGGGAAGGAGAUGAAGAGCAAAGUGGACACCAUAGUGAACUUCACCCACCAGCACUUCACCUCCCAGCUGGAAGUCACCGUCUGGGCGCCCCGGCUGCCCCUGCAGAUCGAAAUCUCGGACACGGAGCUGAGCCAGAUCAAGGGCUGGAGGAUCCCAGUGGCCCCUAACAGAAGGCCCACCCGGGAGAGCGAGGACGAGGAGGACGAGGAGAAGAAGGGGCGUGGGUGCUCCCUGCAGUACCAGCACGCCGUGGUGCGCGUCCUCACCCAGUUUGUGACCGAGUCACCUGACCUGGGCCAGCUGACCUACAUGCUGGGCCCCGACUGGCAGUUUGACAUCACUGACCUGGUGACCGAGUUCAUGAAGGUGGAGGAGCCGAAAGUCGCCCAGCUGCAGGAGGGCAGGACCCUGGCUGGUCGGGAGCCGGGGAUCACCACCGUGCAGGUGCUCUCCCCUCUCUCUGACUUCAUCCUGGCCGAGAAGACGGUGAUCGUCCUGGAUGACCGCGUCACCAUCACGGAGCUGGGCGUGCAGCUCGUGGCUGGCUUAUCUCUUUCCCUGCAGCCCCACAGAGCAGACAAAAGGGCCCUGGUCUCCAUAGCAACGGCCCAGGACAUUCUUCAAGCCCCACAGCAGGAAGCAAUAGUCAGUUCUUGGAUUUUGUUCAGUGAUGGUUCAGUGACACCUUUAGACAUUUACGAUCCCAAGGAUUUUUCUGUCACUGUCUCAUCAUUGGAUGAAAUGGUGGUGUCUGUCCACCCGAACCUUCAGUCCCAGUGGCCCGUGGUGGUUGCGGAAGGUGAGGGGCAAGGGCCCUUGAUUAAGCUGGAGAUGAUGAUCAGUGAGCCGUGUCAGAAGACCAAGAGGAAGAGUGUUCUUGCCGUGGGGAAAGGAAACGUCAAGGUCAGAUUUGAGCCGAGUGCCGGCGAGCACCAAGGAGGCUCCAACGACAUCGAGGGCGUGAGUCGAGACUAUAAAGACCACCUGGGUAAUUCCAUAGAGCGUGAAGGCAACCAGGAGAGAGCUGUUCAGGAGUGGCCCCCGCGGGGCGCACCUGUGGGCCGAGAGGACCGCAACAGAAGCACAACCCCACAGUCUCCCGUGGAAGCAGAGGAUCAGAAGUUCCUCCGCAGCGGGGGUGCAGAUGCCUUCACCAGCUUCCCCACUCAGGGGAAGCUGCCAGAUCCCAAUAAUCCCAGUGACCUUACGGUGACCUCCAGGGGGCUGACGGACCUGGAGAUCGGCAUGUACGCCCUGCUCUGCGUCUUCUGCCUGGCCAUCCUGGUCUUCUUAAUCAACUGUGCGGCGUUUGCCUGGAAGUUCAGACACAAAAGGUUUGCCGUGAGUGAGCAAGGCAACAUCCCUCACUCCCACGACUGGGUCUGGCUGGGGAACGAGGUGGAGCUCCUGGAGAACCCGGUGGACAUCACGCUGCCGUCGGAGGAGUGCACGACCGUCAUCGACAGGGGGCUGCAGUUCGAGGAGAGGAACUUCCUUCUGAACGGCAGUUCCCAGAAGACGUUCCAUAGUCACCUGCUCAGACCCUCUGACUAUGGCUACGAGAAAGACAUGAAAAGCGAACCUGUAAACCCUUCCGGCCCAAAGAGGAAGCGAGUCAAGUUCACUUCCUACACCACCAUCCUCCCCGAGGACGGCGGCCCGUACACCAACUCCAUCCUGUUUGACAGUGACGAUAACAUCAAGUGGGUCUGCCAGGACGUGGGGCUGGGGGGCUCGGCAGACUUCAGAGACUACAUGGAGAGACUGCAGGACCAGAUGUAACUCCUUUCUUAUGUUUGUAUUCACCUUUAUGCCUUCUGUUUUUUGAACGGUGGAGCAGUGAGUUUGAUCAGCAAUAGGGGAUGAUCUAACAAAGCUUCAUUUGUGGAGGUCUGGUGGGAUCCCUUUCUUAGCAGGUGUCCGGGGCCCGGAGA